AUGAUAAAUACAAUCUUUGAUUCCAUAGAAAGUUUGGCAAUCAAAAAACCUGAACAUAUUGACCCCGAAUUAUUCAUAAAAUAUGCUAUUUACUACUAUGAGGGAAUUACUGAUCUAAUAAUUAACAAUUUAAAUUUAAAUCCGGAUAUAGAAGAAAUUUUUAUAAAUGACAUAAACGAAUUUGAAGACAAAUGGAAUAAGUCGAAAAUUAUAAAGGUUGAAGGUGCGAGAGAUUUUAUUGAAAAGCUUGAUGGAAAAAGUAUGAUUUUGAAGCAAUUGGAUAUAAAAAUUCCCAAAUGGAUUACUUUAGUUAACGAGCUAAUGAAGAUGGAAAUUUCCAAAAAUAUGGAGGAAUAUGAAAAAAUUAAGAAAAGGAUAUACCUUAAUUAUUUUGAAUGGGUAUUUGGAUGUUCUCAAACAUUGCGUGCAACUUUUGGCGCAUAUAAGGAAAGGGAAAUGUUAAAAUUAAAAGUACGCUUAGUAUAUCUUCUUGGUGAAGAAAAUUUAAUUAAAUUAGAAGAAGCUCAACCAAAAGCAUUACGAAUUGGUUAUUAUUUUUAA